AUGGGCCCCACCGACCUUGACUGCGGCCCCGCCGCUCUCAUCUGCGGCCCCACCGCUCUCACCUGCGGCCCCGCCGCUUUCAACUGCGGCCCCGCCGAUUUCACCUACGGCCCCGCCGCUCUCGUCGGCGGCCCCGCCGCUCUCACCUGCGGCCCCGCCGCUCUCACAUGCAGCCCCGCCGCUCUGACUGGCGGCCCCGUCACCUGCUGCAGCGCCGCCCGCCACCCGGGCUGCCCGACCCGCCCCACCCAGCCGAGCAGCCGACCGCCGCGCCGCCCUGCAGCAGCAUCGCCGAACCGCCCAGGCAACCGAGCAGCCGGACAGCCGAGCCGCCGAGCCGCCCGGCAGCCGAGCAGCCGAGCCGCCCUACAGCCGAGCCGCCCAGCAACCGAGCCGCCGUGCAGACGAGCCGCCCAGCAGUCGAGCCGCCGGGCCGCCGAGCCGCACUGCAGCCGAGCCGCCCAGCCGCCCAAUAGCCGAGCCGCCGAGCUGCCGAGCCGCCCUACUGCCGAGCCGCCCGAGCUGCCCUGUCUGGUGAGCACAGUGCCUCUUUUACUGCACUUCCCUCACCCUACUGUUGCACUGCUAGUCUACUGUGAUGACCUGCAGCUGUUCUUACAGUGCGAUAGGGCUGCUCCUGAUGCUGACGCCACUGUUCGCUCCCAGUGGGCCACGCGCGACGCUGCUGCACGUCUUCCUGUGCGUCGCCACCUCCCUACCUCCGAGCGUGCGCACUUUAGUCAGUACAAGAGUGCUCAGACCUUGUACGACGCUGUAGUUGCGCGCUACUCCUCCCUUGCCACUGCUGCACUGAGCCGUCUCAUGCUACCGUACCUCUUCCCUGACCUUGCUGCCUUUCCCACAGUCGCUGACCUCAUUACGCACCUCCGCACUAGUGACACUCGCUACCGCGCUGCGCUUCCUGCUGAGGGUGUUCUCCCUCCCCCCUCUUGCCCUCUGUUGCCUCUGGUGCUGCGGUCGACCUCGUUGGUUUUGAGUCGGUCGGCGCUGCGUCUGCCCCUUCGGGAAAGCGCCGCACAGGCAAGGGCAAGGGGGGCAAGGGUGCUGGAGGAGCCGGUGGGGGCGGUGGAGGCGGCGGUGGAGGUGGCGGAGGGAGUGGGGGUGGUGGUGGGAGUGGUGGCGGGGGUGGGGGUGUCGGUGGCAGCGGUGGAGGCAGAGGCGGAGGCGGUGGUGGCGGAGGGAGCGGAGUCGGCGGUGGUGGCGGAGGCGGCGGCGGUGGCGGAGGCGACGGAGGUGGCGGUGGAGCAGGUCGCGGUUCUGCACAGAGGGUAG